AUGUUGCGACAGAUUGCUGCUCUCGAAGCUGGUCUUCUUGGAAUCACAUGUCUCAUGCCUGCACGCUUUGUAACCAACUGGAAUUGGAACUGGGCCAGCUGGAGGAGGUCUCUUGGAUACGCACAACACGCACUCGCCUGUGGUACACUCUGUCUGAUGAUGCUUUCGGUAAUGUUUGGAACGUGCUUGAGUGCUGGCCCGGCCGCCAAGGCAAGCCUUUGA